GGCAGUCCUAGCCCAUAGGGUUCCAGCAGUUCAGGAUGCUACUACUUCUAUGCACUACAGACCAGUGUCCACGGACACUGAGGAGGACAUGAAUGAGUUCGUGAUGCCCAUAGACAAAGACAAACCGCUGUGUGGCCGCAAGCUGCUGCUGUGGGUGGGGGUCCUGCUGCUCCUGGUGGUGGUGGGGCUGCUUGUGCCCAUGAUCUACUUCGCUGUCAUGGCCAACAGCAAGGCCUGCGUGGAUGGCCUCCAAGCUCAGAAGGAGUGUCAGGAGGUCAACCAACAUGUGCAGCGCCAGCUAAACCAGACCCAGGAAUUCUCACAUAAGAAGGAAGCCGAAGCUGCCACCUGCAACCAUACUAUGGUGACCCUGAGGGAGUCUCUGAAGAAGGAGCAGGCCCAGGUGGCAGAGUUUCAGGGAAAGUUGAAGAUAUUGAACCAAAAUCUGAAGGACGCGUUGGCCGAGGUGGAGCGACUAAGAAGACAGAGUGAGACCUGCUCCAAAAACAACGCGUCCAGCUGCUCGAGCUUCCUAUUCGUUGUGAUCGCGGUCUUGGUCCUCAACGCUCUGCUGACAUGAGAUCCCAGGAAGCCGGCCGGCCAUAACCUGGACUGGUCCGGCUCCCUCUCUGCUUCCCUGUGUGAGGCUUCCUGACUCAGCCAGUUCUGAGGGGACCACAUGGCAACACGGUUGUGGGGGGUGGGGGGAUGGGGUAACCUAAGGGGUCCAAAUGGGCCGGCUCUGGAGGGAUGUCUUUUGUCGAGAAGUAAGGGGUUGUCCCAGUCUGCCCUAGAGUUGGGGAGGGCUCAGGGGUGAGGCGUGGGGCACCUGCUUCUUGCUGACACGGUUUCUAGAAAGUCACUUUCUUCUGGCGUCAUUUGGCUCCAAAAAGUAAACACCCCUUUGGGGGGAAAAAUUGUA